AUGUCAACUUCUCUGUCGAAUCUGCCGAAUCUUCUCAAGGCUGGGUCAAUGGAGUUUGGUCUGUUAGUGGCAGCAAUCACAACAACAUUAGAUCUGGCCUUCAUACCAUCCAUUAAAGUCAACAACUGGGAAACCACUCUUCUUUCAACUUCACCAUUCGUCUUGUCUCUCUUUGGGGCAAUGGAAUCAAUUUCGUCAAUGAAGAUAAUAGCAGGGGAGUUCUUCUCGGCUUCUUCAAAUGCUUUUCUCAAGUUGGACUCGGAUUCACCGGCCAUCUUCGACAUAAUUUCAGGACCAUUGAUCAAAAAGAAGAAUGCACCUGUUUCGUUGGCAACUGCUCUAGCCAUGAUGGUUUUACCAGUACCAGGAGGUCCGUACAUCAAAAUACCCUUUGGUGGCUUGAUACCAAUGGACUUGAACAAUUGUGGGUGUCUCAAAGGCAACUCAACUAAUUCUCUAAUUUGA